UCGAUACCCGAUAUUAGCUUCGAUUACUUUUUUUGCCGCUUGUGAAAUUCGCGGAAAAUUAAAUAAAAUUCGGGAUGAGCACCUGGGACCCAGCGAACGAUUUGGAUUGGGUGUCCGGCUCCGAGGAUGAGGAGGACAUUGCCAUGAAGCGCGACUACCAUGGGCGCGAGGCCAUCCUUUUUGUAGUGGACGCCAAUCUCCAGACGAACGGCAUGACGCGCUUGCUGGAGGCGCUGAACAUCAUACGCACGGCAUUCAUCUCGGGAAUGCUGGUCAACGACAAAGACCUCAUAGGCCUGGUGUUUGCCAACACCAAGCACAGCCCGCUGCCGCUGGAGGCCUCCAGCGUGGAGACGAUCGUUGUGCCCGAGAACUGUGCCGUGUUCCUGCCGCUGCGACAGUUGACCAAGCCCAUUGUGGAGCAUUAUUUGGAGUUUAUGGCAACGGUAGAGGAUCAGUUUGCCAGCGAGUACGGGCUGGCCGAGCCCUUUGGCAGUGGGAAAUUCGAUCUCAUGAUCCGGCUGUGCAUCGAACUGCUGGAGAAGUGCGGCAAGAAGUUGAACAACGCAAAGAUUGUGUACGUGACGGAUGUGGACACGCCGCAUCUGCCGUCGAGCAACGAGUUCCAGGCGGCCCUGCAGAAGGCCAUCGAUCUGGAGGGCAAAGAGUUUGAGUUCCAUGUCAUCCCCAUGAACGACGACUUUGACUACAAACCAUUUUACAAGGAAUUCAUCACCCUGUCGCGAGCCAUUGACAUGGAUUCGUUCGUGGAACCCGAUGCCUCACUGCUGCGCGAGAUGCUGGCGGAUCGAAAGCUGAAGCAGGACUUCUUGCGCCGCUGCCUGGGCCAUUUUGCCUUCCAUCUGGGCCCCAAUCUGUCCAUGUCGGUGCAGUACUACAACUACUUUCAGCGACGAGCGCUUCCGCGCAAGGUGCAGAUCAUCCGGCGCGACAACAGCGUGGUGAGCACCAAGCGGCAGAUCAUGGUGCGCAAACUCGACGAGCAGACGCAGGUCGUCAAGCACGAGCGUCAGAUAAAGGUGUGCGAUGGCUGGUACAAGUUCGACUUGGGCGACAAGCCACUGAAGAUCACCAUGCAGCGAAUGAACAUAUUGCGCGACAUGCACAAGCCGCACAUGCAGCUGUUGGGGUUCAAGCACCGCUCAGCCCUGCCCGAGGUUAUCUACAGCAAGCCCUCGAACUUUAUGUACCCCGACGAUCAGAGCAUCAUCGGGUCGAAGCGCUUGUUCCGCGGGCUGUGGGAGCGCUGCCUGCAGCGAGAGAAGAUCAUCAUUGCCCUGUUCAUGUCCAAGCGCAAGUCGAUUCCGCGCUAUGUCGCCCUGGUGCCCGUUCAGGUGGAGAAGUCGGAGGCCAAGACGUAUCGGUCGCAGCUCUGCGGAGAUGGCUUCAAGAUCGUCUAUCUGCCGGAGGCCAAGCACAUUCGCCACAUCGACAUGUGCGAUUGGAACAACACCGCCAAUUCGGCCAGCGAUGAGAAGGUGGACUUCUUCCAGAAGAUCAUCAAGAGGCUGCGGAUCGACUAUCAGCCAAACCUGAUCAAUGAUCCCAGCCUGGACUACCUGCAGGCAAAUUUGCUCGCCAUGUCCCUGGACAUUACGACGGAAAGCAGGGCGUUCGACGUACUGGACACCAAGGUGCAGGACAAACGAAUUGAAAAAUAUAUUCCCGAUUACGAGCGCCUCUUCGACGAGGAGGUGAUACCGGCCAAGAAGCGACCGGCCAAAGAUCCCGCGGAUGGCGCCAGCUCUUCAAAGCUGCCCAAAAUCGAUGCGGAGCAAAUCAACAGCUACCCAUAUGUCGAGUUUUUGAUCGCGGAGGAGCAACUGACCAGAUGCACGGUCGCCCAGCUGCAGGUCAUUCUCGAAACGCACUUUGGUGUACAGUUGCCCAAGUCCGCGACCAAGGACAAACUGGUAAAGCGCAUAGAGGAAUUGAGUGCCGCCGGAAAAGCCAUGAGUUAGUAUGUAAAUUGAUGUUAAAAGUAAUAGUCCGUAAGUUUUGCUAAUUCAUAAAAAGAUUAUACUAUC